GAAGAACAGAGUCUAGUUUGAAUUGGCUUGUUUUGAAAUAGUGUCCUUUCGUUUCCUUUGUUUUCGAUAACAAGAAACAAAGAAUCCUGGAUACGAAAAGUACACGCACGUAAAUAUUCGGAAACAAUGAAUUUUACGCUGGCUGCUGCCAACAGAGUGUUUUAUAAUAAUGAAGAAAUACGACAAGUAGAUGUGCCAUCCUUCAGUGGCUCUUUUGGCAUCCUACCCAAGCACGUUCCAACACUUGCGGUUCUGAUGCCAGGGAUCGUUACUGUUUUCGAAAACGACGGUAGCCUGAAAAAGAUUUUCGUAUCUAGUGGAACCGUAACCAUUAAUCAAGAUGCGUCGGUCCAGGUACUGGCAGAAGAAGCCCAUCCGGUGGAAGAUCUAGAUUCUUCCAGUUGCCGCGAUAUUCAGUUAAAUGCACAAAGCCAGCUUUCAGCUGCUACAGGCCAUCAGGAAGUAGCCGAAGCAGCUAUUGCAGUUGAAGUAGCAGAGGCACUUGUGCGAGCGGUCGAAUAAAAUAUAGAAGAGUCAAAUAUUACACGCUGUAAAACCUAUACAGGCACGGCACAAACUCAAAAUAAAGA